CUCUGGCUGACAUGGCUGCCUCCCGCUUACCCCCAGCGACGCUAACGUUAAAGCAGUUCAUAAGAAGGCAACAAGUUCUUCUCCUCUACAGAAGGAUUUUGCAAACAAUUCGGCAAGUUCCAAAUGAUUCUGAUCGCAAAUACCUGAAGGAUUGGGCAAGGGAAGAAUUCAAAAGAAACAAAAGUGCCACCGAAGAGGAUACAAUCCGGAUGAUGAUUACUCAAGGCAAUAUGCAGCUCAAGGAGUUAGAAAAAUCACUUGCUUUAGCAAAAUCUUAACUAUAGCAUUAUUCUGAAGGAUUUUCAAAGUCUCCAUGUGUUUCGUUGCAUUUAGGAUUAACAAUGGACAACACAAAGCCCAGUCUUUCUAUUUGUAUGUACAGUAUUUGGUGAUAGACAGCAAAGGAAAACACAUCAAAACAGUUGCCUUAACACUGAAAAACAUACCCUGCAUUUUGAAAAUGUUUAUGGAUGUCUCAGCAGUUUUUAAAAGAAGAAAAAAC